GGAAGAAUGUCCCUUACAUUGGUGGUCAGUGGGAAGAAUGUUCCUUACAUUGGUGAUCAGUGGGAAGAAUGCCCCUUACAUUGGUGAUCAGUGGGAAGAAUGCUCCUUACAUUGGUGAUCAGUGGGAAGAAUGUCCCUUACAUUGGUGAUCAGUGGGAAGAAUGUUCCUUACAUUGGUGAUCAGUGGGAAGAAUGUCCCUUACAUUGGUGAUCAGUGGGAAGAAUGUUCCUUACAUUGGUGGUCAGUGGGAAGAAUGUUCCUUACAUUGGUGAUCAGUGGGAAGAAUGCUCCUUACAUUGGUGGUCAGUGGGAGGAAUGCCCCUUACAUUGGUGAUCAGUGGGAAGAAUGCCCCUUACAUUGGUGAUCAGUGGGAAGAACGUUUCUUACAUUGGUGGUCAGUGGGAAGAAUGCUCCUUACAUUGGUGAUCAGU